AUGGCCCCAAUGCAUUACCAAGUGUUGAUACACGACGAGCAAGACCUCAAGGUUGCUCAGAAGCGGCGAAAUAUCUAUCUUCGACCCUUUCUGCUCUUUUGGCUCAAUUCGCUGUUCGCCGAAGUUAUCUUUCUAGCUGUUGGCAUCUUCGUCAUGACCGGUACUCGCGAUCUCUUUUACAAGGUCAUAUGGACUUUGGUUUUCUGUCCUCUGGGCAUGGGCGGAGCAAUGGGGGGUCUCAUCAACUGCUUCAUCGUCGACCACCACUACGGGAAAAAGGCGGCGCACUUCACGGCAAUUCUUUCGCUUCUUAUACUGAGCGCUUGCAACUAUCUCUGCUAUAAUCUCGAUCGUCAUUUUGGCUGGUUCGGUGCCACUGAACAUCCGAUGUGGUUCCACUGGCGCUAUCCGAUGAUUUGGGCUGUUGGAUACGGGAAUGGCCUUCUUUUAUUUACGGAUAAAGGUCAGGAGCGAUUGGCUAGGCUUGGUCUUUAG